AUGGUUGAUUGUUUUCAUAAGAGUGGAAAGACGAAAGGUAUAGGGUUUUAUAGGAUUCCAGUAGUAGUCACUAACCAAGGAGAAAAAGCAGAAGAGCUAAGCAGAGAACGAAGAGAAAGAUGGAUCGCCGCCAUUAGCCGCGACGACAUCACUUCGAAGGAUGUCCUCAGUAAUGAAAGAGUCUGUGGACGACAUUUCGUGUCAUGGCAAUCUGCAAAACUCUGGGAUAAGUACAACGUCGACUGGGUUCCUACUUUGAAUCUCGGGAAGACAAAAUAUCAACAGGAAAACCACGACAUUAAAGAGGCAAGAGCUAAACGAGCGAAGGAACGCCGCAAAAGAUCACUCGAGCGUCAAGAACGCGAGGCAGCUGAGAAACGAAAGAAAAUCGAUGUCAGUGGCCUUCCCGUCCGUGAUGUGGAUUUCAGUGAUCCUAAAGAAGGAUCUUCCAAGGAAAUUGAUUCUUCUGAGGAUAUUUUUGAUCACGAUUGCACAUUUCAAGACCACACUUGCUCAACUCUCGUUGACAGUUCAACUCAAACCCAAGUUGAUGUAUCUGAAGCUAUGACUCAAACCGAAGAGUUUGAAUACCUUUUCAAAGAAUCAUAUAAGCCAAUUGAUCGAGAUUUUUUUGAUUCUGAUGAAAAAGUUCGCUUUUAUUCUGGACUGCCUUUAAUGGAUAUUUUAAUGACUGUCCUUGACUUUGUGUCACCCCACAUCAAACGAAGAACCCAAAAACUUAACCUUUUCCAGGAAAUGAUUAUCGUGUUGAUGAAACUGAGACUGAAUAUGCCUUAUCAAGACUUAGCCUAUCGUUUUCAAGUAUCUGUGACAACAAUAUCAAGAAUAUUUGCAUCAUGGUUACCAGUGAUGGAUCAGCAUUUGUCCCCACUUAUUUACUGGCCUGAAAGACACCAGCUAUGGAAGACAAUGCCUCUUUGUUUCCAACAAGCCUUUGGAACCAAAGUCACUGUUGUUAUUGACUGUUUUGAGAUUUUUAUUGAUAAGCCUACAAACUCGAGCUCAGACAUUUUCAUCCUACAAGCAUCACAAUACUAUCAAAGUGACAUGGUUAUGGCAGACCAGGGUUUCACAAUCACAGAAAGUGUUGCUCUCAAACAGGCAAGACUCGUGAUACCAGCCUACACGAAAGGGAGGGAACAGCUGGAUCCUAUUGAUGUGGAAAAAACAAGAGCUCUAGCAAGUGUACGGAUACAUGUUGAGAGGGUGAUUGGUUUGCUGCGUCGCAAGUAUACUAUUCUUCAAAGCACUCUUCCCACUGAUUUCUUGAACAAUGACAAUGGACAGGAUGAAGUACCAAUUAUUGACAGAAUUAUUAAAGUAUGUUCAGCUCUUGUAAACCUGUGUCCACCCAUUGUACCAUUUGAUUAG